AUGAAUGAGAAUGUCGCUCAUGUGCAGUGUGGCAUAGUUCUUCUUGAUUAUAACGACAUUAAAGACUCUUCAAAAAACCUGUCUGCUGCCAUAGCAGAAGCUUUUGGUAGUUCUCCUGGAUGCCUGGGUGCAUGUUUUGUCAAGAAUGUCCCUGGAUUUGCUGCCAUGCGUCAGCGUCUUCUACGCCUUGCAUCGGUGUUUGCUGCUCUGCCAGAGGAGCAGUUACAGGCUGUGACCCACACCAAGUCAUCAUAUCUGUUUGGAUGGUCUCAUGGCAAAGAGAUUAUGAAUGGCAAGCCUGAUACUGCCAAAGGAUCUUACUACAACAAUCCUAUUAGGGAUGUUCCACCCAUGUCUACCAACAGCGACUAUCUGGCUAAAUUCCCUGAAUAUGGCUAUCCCAAUGUGUGGCCAGAAAAGCUACCUGAGCUUCGUGAAGCCUUCAUGGAGCUUGGUCAACUCAUUGUUGAAGUAGGAAAACUCGUUAGUAUUCACUGCGACAAGUUUUUGGUCGAAAAGUAUCCCGACCUUCCAGCUCAUUUCAUGCAUGAAGCCAUUGACAAGUCGGACACAAUCAAGGCACGUUUGCUGCACUACUUUCCCAUUGAUGCCAAGUCUGCCGCUCCUACUCCAGAUGGUGGAAAUCUUGAUUCGUGGUGCGGUUUGCACAUUGAUCACAGUAUGCUGACGGGUCUAACCAGCGCCAUGUACUUUGACGAGUCCAAUGGAGAGUUCAAGGAGGCAGACAAAUCCAAUCCCGAGGUAGCAGAAGCACUUGGACCCGCAGGUCUUUACAUCCAAGGUCGUGGUGGGGAAUUUGUUCAGGUCAAGAUUCCAGCCGACUGUUUGGCAUUUCAAAUUGGUGAGGCUGCACAAGUCGGCAGUCGUGGCCUGCUGGUUGCUACACCCCAUUUGGUUCGUGGAGCAGCUUAUCCCGAUCUUGCACGAAACACAUUUGCAGUCUUUAUGCAGCCCAAUGUUGAUUACAAGCUUACUCCAGAAAAGACAUUCAAUGAUUUUACAAAAGAUGUCAUGGUUCGUCAUUAUGAUGGCAAGAUAUAAAAUGGAAUGUCAAAUGAAUCAGUUUAAAAAUU